AUGGAAGAUCAAAUAGUUAGAGACAAUAUUUGGAGAUUAAAAUCUAUUAUUAAAAAUGAUCAUAAUGCUAUAGAAUCCGAAUCUUUUUUAAGAAAAGAAUAUCCAAACGAAAACAUAGAUAACAUUAUUAACAAAUAUGAAGAUUCAAUUAAUCCAAAUUAUGGAGGAGGAUUAUUUCAUCAUUUGUUUCAUUCAUUGCCUCGUUUAUAUACAGAAUAUACCAAAAUUGGUUAUCGUAGAAGUAAUAGAUUUGGAUGCAUAGAAACCUAUCCAUUAUAUGAAGAUAAUAAAUUUAAUACUUUUAAAAAUAUAUAUGUUAUAUUAAAAUAUUUAGAUAAUUUAAAUUUUACAGAAGCAUUUUUACAAGAGUGGGUUGAUGAUAUUCGUCAAAGGAGAAAUACGGAGAUAUUCGAACAAUUUAUGAAAUGCGUAUCUGCACAACCUUCAAUGGCAUCUCCAUAUGAAACGGAUCCACAAGCAAUAUAUACGAGCAGGCUUUUGGAUUUUAAAAAUCUUCCCGAACCACAAAAUUCAAUAGAAAUUAAUAACGAAUUUUAUGAUUCUUUAGAAAUGUGUGAUAAUGUUUCCAUCGAAAUGCCACCUCCACAUAAUGGUGAACCUAUUAGUAUGAUGGAAAUAUCACCGAACGGAAAAUAUCUUGUUACUUACAGUGAAGUAGACAAAACAAUUGUCGUGUGGAACGUUGAAAAUAUUAAAGAUAUAAUAGAAGGCGAAGACUUGAAAGGAAAACAUCUUAUAAAUUAUUACAAGCACGAAUUAGUUGAAACAUCUAGAAGUAUAUUCCAUAUAUGUGUCUCUGAUGAAAAGAUACUAGCGUAUAUUAAUAAUAAUUAUGAAAUUAAAAUCGUUGAUUUGAAUGAUAAACAACCUCAAGAAAUCAAAUUGUAUUUUGAAUUUGAUGCAAUGGAGAUACAAAUUUGUAACUUUAACAAGGAUGGAAGGCUAAUUCUAUUUUGUUCUGUUAGAACUAAUGUUAUUUAUGAUUUUAUCAAUAUUGUUUGUGUUUAUUCAAUCUCAACACUAACCAAAAAAACCAAGUGUCAAAAUAUCUACAAGUUACCUAAAGAUGCGGAAAUCAAAACAAAGGAUAUCAGAAUUUCUAAUAAUGAAAAUUACACUUGCAUGAAAAUAAAUGAUGAAAAAAUUUUCAUUCAUUCAAAUAAACAUGAAUUUUCUACGAUGUCUUUGGAUUUGAAAAACGAGGAAAAACUAAAGCAUUAUAUGAAACAUCAUCGAAAUUUGUUAUUUCCUUUAUUUGAUCAUCCGUUGAUUUGGAAACCUAAUAAUAAAUGCUAUGCUAUUGAUUCUCAAUCAAAAAAUUAUAGAUUCCUGAAUGUAGAUGAUAAUGAAUUAAACUUGGAUUCAUUAGUGGUAUUAAAAGUUAAAAAUGAUGAUAAAGACCAUUUAGAAUUUUCUUACUUUUCUUAUCAACAAGAUAUUUUAGGAGAAUAUCAAUUAGAUAUAGGUUCUAUUUUAUGGAAAAUCAAAAAAGAUGAAUUAGGAAUACAGACAUUCAUAAUUGAAGAAAAUCUUAAUAAACUGAUGGAAGAAGAUGCGAAAAAGUUUAUUGAAAUGUUAUUAGAGAUCAAAACAAAUGUGAAUUUUCUUGGAAGCCGGAUAGAUAAAUAUAAAAUUCCGAUCAAAGAAUUUAUUAAAAUGAAAAGUAUGACUAAAUUAGAUAUUAAAAUUAGCCAAGCGUUAGAAAAGAAUUUUAUUGAACGACUAACUAUAAUUGAUGAAGAGAAAGAUCAUGAUAAAUGGAAAAAUAAAAUAGGAGAAUUGAUGAAAGAUUUUAAUAAACGGAUAAAUAAGAUAAUCGAAUUAAAGAAAGAUCCUAAUCAAUUUAAAAUUAUAAUAACAAAAACUUUUUUAAAAGUUAAUGAAGAUUUGAUCCGUCUAUUUGGUACAGAUAAAUAUUUAGAUCGCAAUGGACUUGAAAUACUUGUUUACAAAAUAUUAAAGAAUAAUGAAAUUGCUCUACUAACAAACAUUGGAAUUUUCAUAUUCCAUUUAAAUAAUGAAGAGAAAUUAAUUUCUUUGGAUUAUUUUUAUCUUAUGGAACCGGAGCCAAUUAUCAAAAUUAUCAGUAAAAUAAAUGGAUAUCCAGAAGUUGAUGAUAAAGAUAGGUAUUACGUAUUUGUUAGUGGAUUGGUUUCAUAUAUUCAAAAGAAUAAUGAAGAAUUUUCAAAAUAUGGUUCUGCAUUUUUAAUAUAUGCGAUUAAGUUAAAAGAUUCAAACCUAAUAGAUGAUAUAUAUAAUAGGUGUUUACAUCACUUAAAACAAGAUUUAGAUAAUAAUAUCGAUAUAUUAAAUGUUAUUAAUGCAUCAAUGCCAUUAUUGGAUAAAUAUUAUCCUGAAUAUAUAGCAAGAUAUUCAUUAGAUACAAACAUGAUAAUAGAUUCUAUUGAAUAUAAAAUCGAUCAUCUUAGUACUUCACAUCUUUAUCCAUUUUCCAAUAUUGAAAUAGUUGAUUUAACGCCAUCUAUUGUUUGGACAAAAUAUACUAUUAAAGUGGAUGACAUCUGGUGGGAAUUAAUUGCGCCUAGACCUAGUUCAUUUGUAGAAACAAUAAAUAGAGAAAUUUAUAAAACAUGGAAUGGUGAAGAAUUAAUUAAUUUCAAGUGGAAUGCAUAUGGAAAAUAUUAUUAUUAUGCGAUUUGGAUGAAAUUUACUGCUUUGCUUGGAUGUUUUAUGGCUGCUUCAACAUUUUCUGACGUGAUCGUAUCUGAAGAUAUUAGAAAACGACUUCUAACCUCCUCAAUUGUUCUAGGAUUUACUCACUUCACUUUCGAAAUUCGUCAGUUUAUUUAUGACCCUAUUAAAUGGAUUAUUGAUCCUUGGAACUAUUUAGAUCUUGGAGCAUUUUUAGUUCCUACCAUUACAUCUAUUUAUUGGUUAGAGCAUUCGAAAUAUUUGGUGUCUAUUUUUUUUGCUCAUGCCUUUUUGAUUCUAUUACAACCAAGAAAAGAUUAUAGUUUAGAUAAUCCACCACCUUUAUCUAAUAAUGGUCCCAAUAACCCUUGGAAAUUAACUGAUAGUUAUAAUCAAGUACUAGAAAAUGGUACCAUUGCACCAAAUUCAUCAUUUGUUCAACAACCCGACAUGAAUACAAACAUGUUUACUGAUUACGGAACUUCAGUUUUAUCAAUGUAUUUAUAUCUCAUAGGCGAUUCGAAUGCUUUAUCCAACUGGGAAUAUAAGAAUAAUUCACAACUUACCAUACUAAUGGUAUUAUUCUCUUUAUUAAUUGCCGUGUAUCUUAUGAACUUGUUGAUCGGAUUGCUCAGUAAUGCUAUUGAGGAAGAUAAUAAUAGAGUUUCGUAUUUUGUACAGAUGGCGAAGAUUUUGGCAGAAAUCGAAUUAUUUUACUUAUUUCCAAAUCAGAGACGUUGGAAAAGUUGGUUCCCUGACGUGAUAUAUUAUCACGCCGAUGCUGAUGAGACUCGUAGGAAAAUUAAAGAACUAAUUAAAGAUGGUGAAUGGAAUUCCGAUAAAUUUUCUGAAAUGAAGCAAAAAUUAUUAAACAAGCUAAGGAUUCAGGAUAAGUAA